UACUAAACGACGGACAUAUAAACAUGGCAGCAUUUGACAUAAAUACAUUUACGUUUCGUACUCUCCUUUUAUAGUAGCGAUUUAAAAAUCCCCCAAGAUGGAGAUAAUUACGUUUAUAAAUGUGGCUUUUCGGCUAGCGGACGUGUUUUAAUUUUCCUUGACACCAUAACAUGUCACGUUUAUGUUAUGAACUUCUUCAAUAAAUUUAAUGCAGACGUCGAGUUGAGAGUAAGAUGUGUUUAAGUGUUUUGUAUACCAAUUACAAAUACUUACCUAAGGUCUAUGCAUACUUAGACAUUUCUAUUUGCAAAAUAGUUUAAAAUCCCAACAGAUACAUUUGUAAGCUGUCACUGAAAAACAUCACAAAACAACAACACUUGUCCACGUGAAUGAAUAAGUAACACAAUGCUGCAGAUGAGAAUACUACAGCCACAUAUAUCAUGUUGUUAUUUGGUCCUGAAGAGAGUUCAUCAACUGGCCUCCAUCAAACAUGCAUGUCUUCUCUCAGAGAGGAGACGCCAGGUGCUUCUGUAUCCCUUCAGUGGUCUGGAGGAGCACCUGGAUCCCCAGGUCGAUCAGGCAGAAUUCAAGAUCUUCCAUCCCAGCUUGGACGACCUCCACCAGGCAGAGACACUAUUCACUCCCUCCCAUAGAAAUCACAUUGACUUUCUCUCGGCUGCAGUCCGGAUGGACCACGUACCUGUGCUUAAACAACCAGAGGUGUGUUUUAUGGGCAGAAGUAAUGUGGGAAAGUCAUCUCUCAUCCGAGCCUUGUUUUCUCUUGCCCCAGAGGUAGAUGUGCGCGUCUCUAAAACUCCGGGCCACACUAAAAAGUUGAAUUUCUUCACUGUGGGAAAGGCAUUUACUUUAGUGGACAUGCCAGGGUACGGACACAGGGCCCCACAGGACUUUGUGGAGAUGGUGGAACCAUACCUUCAAGAACGUCAGAAUCUGGUUAGGACAUUCUUGCUGGUGGAUAGUGGUGUAGGUCUGCAGAGGGCAGAUUUAGUUGCUGUGGAGAUGUUAGAGGAGUUUAGUUUGCCUUAUGUGCUGGUGGUGACUAAAAUAGACAGAACCAGACGGGGUGCUUUGUUGUCCUUGAUGGUACAGCUGCGAGACUUUAUCAAGAAUCAAACCAGCACAUGUUUUCCACAGCCCUUUUUAGUGAGUUCAAUACAGUUCUCUGGAAUGUACCUGCUCAGGUGUUUCAUUGCACAUGUUACAGGAAAUCUGCAGCUUACUGCUAAACAGACAUGACCGACUGCCAUGCCGUCUCUGAUGCGACACAGACGUAUCUACUGUAAGAUGAGGAUAACUUAUGCCAGAUAAAAGCAGUUCAACAUCUAAAAAUGAUACAUGAAAUUUUUCUUGAUUAUGCAAAGUCCAUCAUUUUUUUUAGUUUUUUUAGAUGUUUUGAUGUACAUUAUUUUCAGUGGCAAUAAUCGUAACAACUUUUAAUAUACUAGACCAGCAGCACCGAAUAAACUCCUUGAAUUGUC